UCUGUUUUGAUUGCACAAUGUCGACGUCUCCAGAGUUACCUUCUACCAGAGAUGACCUCGUGGCGAGACAAAAGAAAGAGUCGAAAGACUUGAUCGCCACCGUCACUGGCAUGAAGAAACAGGCUACCAAGAAGACAAGAAAGGCUGUUCUUCAGAGAAUCCAAGAAUUGCAAGACAAUCUUGAUAGAAAGCACAAGGAAGAACUUCAACAGCUUGACUCUGUAUCUAACACUGAUAUCAAUGCAGAAGAUGAUGACGAAUUUUCUCCAGAACAAUUACUAGCCCAAAUGGAAAUCAAAGACGAAGCUCCUGCUGAAUCAACAGAGCCUACACCACCAACCCAGCCUAAGGCUAAGAGAAAUAGACAGAAAGAAAGACUUGAAAGACGAAAAGCAGAAAUCGAAAAGAUCAGAGAAGAAGCUGCUCUUGAAGCUGCUGAUACUGUUGACUACAGAAAGAUUGAAAUUGAGUCCAUGGACAAAUUACUCACAUUGAACAACUUGAAGCUACAUGAAAUCAAACCUGACGGUCACUGUUUGUUCGCUUCCAUCCAAGAUCAAUUGCUAGUACGACAUGAAGAACAAACAACAAUUCAAGGUCUUCGUCAAUUGGCUGGUGACUACAUGUUGGCAAACAGAGACGACUUCACUCCUUUCCUCUUUGAUGAAAAGACAUUCGAAUUGAGAGAUAUCGAACCCUACGUUGAAGAAUUGGUCUCCACUGCCAUGUGGGGUUCUGAUAUGGAAAUCUUAGCCCUUUCAAAACACUUUGAUUGUCCAAUUAGUAUUUAUAUGGCUGGCGCUUCAACACACAAAAUUAACGAACUGGGGCAUAACAGCGAAUUGAAAUUGGGAUUCUACAAGCACUCCUUUGGAUUGGGAGAGCAUUACAAUUCGCUCAGGGAUAUAUAGAGAUUUUGAUAGAUUUUUGUUAGAUUGUGUAUCAUAGAACGACUCUUGGAG